GACGAGGCUAUAAUAGUGUCUGAAAGUCCAGCUCUAAGUGUCUGAUUUGACCUGCAUGCGCGGGUCGACUACGAGUAACGUUAUGCCUUUCUGAUACUACUUACUACCGAAUUUUCCUCCUCAGGGUUGCGUUGUAGCUAUGCCGGAGUAUAAUCAGCCUGGAGACCCAUCUCUUUGGGCCGACGCGCCGAGGCCGUUGCACAUCACAAAGCAAUCAGCGCAAGGGAGAAAUUCCCGUUGCCUCAACCAUGAGAGUGACGCCUCGGACGGGCCCAUGGACAGUCCACCAGCGCCACCGGGCGGUAAUCGAUCCCUGACCAUACCAAAGAGAGGAGACCGGGAUACGGAUCGCUACAGAAAGAAGGGAUCCAAGGCCACGGAGGAUACACGUCCAAGUACAUGUACCCUGUCGCCGUUCCGCGCUUCCGAGGGCGAUGCAAGAACUUUGCAUGCACCCCGGUCAACAGGGCCUGUCCCCCCUAUUGGCUCUCCCUCUUUCCCGGACCCGUUGGUUUUGAUACCCAGGAUCAUUGUCACCCCCGAAUACCAGGCGGUCGACGAGGGUGCUUCAAUGCUCUGGGCAGCUGUGCAGCUUUCCACCGGGGGAGGCCGCGGUCAUGAGAUGUCUUCAUCAGAUGCAUUGCGGUACGGUUUCUUGUAUGACGUCUCGAUCGACAUAUUGCCUGCCGCGAAGAGCACCAUCUUGGAGGUGCUGGGUGAUAAAGCAUGCAAAAGAGCGAUUCUUUAUACUGGGUCUCGAAUCCUCUUGGUGGUACGCGUCCGCCUUCCGCCAGCGGUCUGCUCCUCAGCUGCGCGCACAAAUAGCCGCCGAAAACCCGACGAGCUCAUCGAGGACCUCGAGCGCCACCUCGGCGGUACGACGACCGAGUAUCUCCACGUCCACGUGAGUUACCGUCACUCCAGCUUCCCGGAGAGGCAUACGCAGCCGAUGGGCACACGCCAUACCCCGGAGUCUGAUGGCGUCGAUUUUCUGCGGACCAUGAUCCAGACUACUGCCACGGCGACCAUAAAGAGGCAUAACUCCGAGUCGCCAUGGUCGCCACAGCCCCAGACGCCACGGCCAAACCCGCUGUUUACAAUCAUGGCCUCACACUAGGGAACCGAGAGCGCACACGCGGUGAUGCAGCGGGUUAUACACUCCAGAUCUAUGCCCGGGUCGCCCGCGCCAAAACAGAAGAACAGCCAGGAGACACUCCGUCCCGCUCCAUGCCCGCCAACCCGACCAGCACGCCAAGUGCCCAGACGCAUGACUAGCCUGAAAACGGUCUCGCUGCUCUCGCCCAUCACAGCACAACAGGGUGGAUUAGAUGGCACCGCGCCGGAACAUGGGCCUGCAGCCGAGGUCAGACACGCCCAGAGAGCAGCGUCAAGCAGGACGGGAACCCGGCAGAGCUCCUUGGCAACCCCUACCAUGACGCCGACAUCUAUAGUAGCACCUGCGACGAGCCCCGGAAGGAAGAAUAG